AAUCGGUGUCACUCACGUAAAAGGUGCAUUUCAGCACAAUUGUGCAGUGGACACUGAAACUGUCUUGUCUCUCUAAUGUUUGUGCUAUUAAGGGAUUUGCAUAAAACGUUUACAGUUAUAGCACGUCUUGUUAGAUAAUGGGUGUGCAAUAUCGUCUUGGCCUUAUUUGAAACCGUGGCUAAAUAUAUCCGCUGUUGCGGUUUGGUAACAAAAUCUAGUCUGUUUUCAGCAGAAUUCCCCACUCUACCAGUAUCUGCAGGAUUUGGGACACACGGAUUUUGAAGUAUGCUCAUCAGCGUCGCAGAAGGCGGAGCAAUGUGCAGCAGCGGAAAAAGAAAAAGAGCGGACUGUGCGUGCUGCCCAGAAAUGGAGAGUUCAAAUUACAGUGGAUGUGCUCCAGCUAUGUGCUAAGCCAGGAGGAAAGAGGUGCCAUGCGGACUUCUCUGUCCUAGUCACUGCAGGCUGAAUUGGGCAGUGCCUCAGCAAGGCAUCCUGUCAAAACUAGUUGAGUUCUUUAGAAGCUGGUUUCCUUUUCCACAGUAUAAGAAAAACGAUGACAUACUUCACCGACUGGAUGUUGGAUUUCGAGUUGACACGCUCCGUACCAUCCUGCAACAGGAAGUUCUGCUGCAGGAGGAUGUGGAACUGAUUGAGUUCCUUGACCCCAGUAUCCUGUCUGCGGGGCAGUGUAAGCAACAGGAAAACAGACAGCUUCCAACACUGCACUCCCUAGCAACUCCUAAUAUUUGGGAUGUUUCGCUGUUUCUUGCCUUUGUAAGUGCACUGCUUAUGCUUCCUUCGUGGUGGAAGGAAUCAUCGUGGCUGCUGUGGGGACUAGUUCUGCUUGUCUAUGCAGUCUUUAGAGUAUGGGGCACGUGGAGGACAGCCAAGCUGCAAAUGUCCCUGCGAAAAUACUGUAUCCAGCUGGAAGAAACAGUGGCAAAUAGCCGAGCUUUUACUAAUCUCGUGAGGAAAGCUCUACGACUCAUUCAAGAGACUGAAGUAAUUUCCAGAGGAUUUACCCUUUUGCUUGACAGGGUCAGUGCUGCUUGCCCAUUUAAUAAAGCUGGACAGCAUCCUAGUCAGCACCUGAUUGGUCUCCGGAAGGCCGUGUAUCGAUCCGUCAGAGCCAACUUUCGGGCUUCAAGACUGGCCACUCUGUACAUGCUGAAAAACUACCCUCUGAACUCAGAGAGUGACAACGUGACCAGCUACAUCUGUGUAGUCCCCUUUAAGGAACUGGGUCUGGGACUGAGUGAAGAGCAGGUCUCAGAAGAGGAGGCACACAACCUAACCGAUGGCUUCAGCUUGCCUGCGCUCAAGGUCCUCUUUCAGCUCUGGGUAGGGCAGAGUUCAGAAUUCUUCAGGAGGCUGGUGCUGCUCCUCUCCCCAGCCAAUGCGUCCCCCAAACCCUUGGUCUCCCCUGAACGGCUGCCUCAUCACAUCCUGUCCGAUGUGACUCAAGGCCUACCUCACACACACACUGCCUGCUUGGAGGAGCUUAGGAGAAGCUACGAGUUUUAUCGGUACUUUGAAACUCAGCACCAGUCGGGUUUGGAAUGGCAACCCAGAACAAAGCAGAAGUCAAGGGAGCUGAACAACCUUCAGACGGCAGUACGCAGCUUGCAGCUUCACCUCAAGGCGCUGCUCAAUGAGGUAAUAAUUCUCGAGGAUGAACUUGAAAAACUUGUUAGCACUAAGGAGACACCCGAGUUGACAACAGAAGCCCAUCAGGUUCUUGAACAAAAACUAAAGUUUAUUCAGCCUCAUAUCCAGGCAAGCAACAGCUGCUGGGAAGAAGCCAUUUCUCAGGUGGAAAAAAUGAGUGGAAGAAACCCAAGUAAAAAAGGCAAAAUUGAAGUUUCCUGUGACAACCUACAGCGUACUACAGUACCUUUAGCACAACCUGCCAUAUACAUAGAAAACAAAGAUCCAAUCCCUGAAGAACAGGAAUUGGAAGCAUAUGUUGAUUAUUCAGAUACAGAUAAUGAAUACAAAAGAGAAGAUUUUUACUGCUUUUCCCAGGAAGAGAGAGAGAGACAAGAACGAGAGAGACAGGAAUCUAAAAGGGUGUUACAAGAAUUGAAAUCUGUACUUGGAUUUAAAGCUUCAGAAAUAGAAAGACAGAAAUGGAAGCAGCUGCUAUUCAGUGAACAUGCUGCAGUGAAACCCUUGCCUUCUGUAGAACCACUGAAGCUACUAAAUAAUUUGGAAUCACAUAUGAAUUCAGAUACAGAAAAGCAGGACUGCUGCCAAAGUGGUGAUAAAUCUGAAGAAAAAGACUCUAAUCCACAAGUGACUGCUGCUGAUAAAAGCAGGACAGAAUAUUUGUAUGAAGAUCCUGAGAUGGAGAAAAACAAAAACAGUACUGCAGAUGAAGAUGUUUCUACAGGAGCUGAAGAAAGAAUGUGUUAUCAGAGUGAAGGGGAAGCUGAAGAACUCAAGCCGAGCAGUAUGGAUGGAGUAGAGGUUUCACAGCCUCCCUCUAAGAAUGCAUUACAUUCAAAAAUCAAGCAUAGGCUGGCCCAGCUCCACAUAUCAACAGAUUUAAACUUCACAUCUGGUCUGGCUGCACAAGUUGCUGCCAGGUCUUUCACUUUUACUACAAUGCAGGAAGAGACUUUUGGAGAUGAGGGAGAGGAGGAGGAAGAGAAGACACAGGAGCAUGAAGACCUUGUGGAGGACUGUGAGAAUAGAGAUGGAGGCUCUGAAAGUGAAGGAAAAGUAUGAGUCUGAGCUGAGCUUUGUUAAACCAACAGCAAGCAAUUUGAUGGAAAAAAACUAAGGUGAGGUGUGAAGCUGAAAAUACUGGAUGGAAAAAAUAGGAGACCUAAAUAUAAUACAUCUUGUUCCCUAAGUCUGAUACACUAAAUAGGACUUCUAAGUAUAUUGAAAAUUUGCAGGUAAGCGAAGUUUAGGCUGCAUCCAAGAAAUAGAUGGCUGUUCUAUUUUUAAAGUCCUAGUGAUGGAGGUUGGAAUUUACCUUUGUGUUUUCUGUUUUAUUUAUUUAUUAUAAUGUAUUGUGGGGGUUUUGUUUCUAAAAUGAAGGAAAAACAAUGUCUUGAUUGACAACAGACUCCGGUUUUUGCUUUCUGAUUCUGUUGUCAUGGUAUCAAUGUUUGUUCCAAUAAAAAAAGCCAGGACAUUUCUUUUAGAAGAACCUGAACUGUUCCCUGUGAUCUUCCCCCACCACUUUUGUUUCACUUCUUGUCUCUGCAGUGUGUUGACUAAGCCACAGUAGACAUUUGUGAUUCUGCAGCUAGUGAUGUGGCACCCAAAUAAAAUGUAGAAUUUUAAAUAAAAACUUGAAAGAGCUAGUAUUUGAUAUGUCCUGGGGUAUGGGGCUGAAAUAGUAUAAAGUUAGUCAUGCUUCAUAUUAAGGUUUAUUUAGAAUUUUAUGAAGGGUUAAUAAAUGAUUUCUAGAAGUUGUAAUUCAUGUUAGAGAAGUGUGUUGUAAGUUUAUGUUAGGGAAGGCUAUAAGCACACCAGUAGAAAGUACUAUAGACAGCUAGAAGCUAUCUGUUGGAUUGACAGUAGGUGAGAAGUAAAUACCUGUGUAUUAAACCAACUAUUAAUUAUUUGUUAACCUUUUGUAAAUUGAACCUUAAUAUAAUUGUUUGAUUGGAUAUAAUGAUUGAUUGUACAUUUUUGUUUAUAUCCUAAAGUAAUUUUCUUAGAGGAAAAUUAUCCGAGAGCUUAACAACGUGCAGUACUUUGUUUAAACAGCAUACUUGCUUUUCCCUAAUGUUCUUUCACUUCUCCUUAGAUCACAACUAUAACCCAUGUGAUUAAGAAUCCUUGAGAGAACAACAGUUGUGUGUUUUCUAAGGUGUAUCUUGUAACUUAGUUAACUGACACUGAUGUCUGGAUGUUUGGUAUGAGAUUAUGUGGGUUGUUUUUUUCUCUGUGGUGAUGUUACAAGGAGCAGGAAACUGCUCAUCUCACAGAGGAGCUGGAUAAUGAUUUCAUUGCCCUCUCUUCCUUUUGCUCUCUGGCACAAAAUGAAGCUCGGAUCCCAUGUCUCUAAUGACAAGAGCGCAACUUCUUUGUGUGGAAUACUCUGCUUUGACCUGGAUACAUUUCCAGGACAAAACACUGCAUCAGUUACUUAGAGUAUUUACUGGGUUUUGCAAGUUCUGUAGGGCAAAGGGUUUUUUAGGUGCAGGUGGUGCAGAGCCAAUGUCUUUCCUAGGAUGCUGAUGGGAAAUGGGAAAAGCCAACAAAAGUCAGCAGAUUAGGGUGGAAUUCUUGAUGAUAUGUCAGAAAACAAGUGUUUUCUUUCAAUCUCCCUCUCUUCUAUUACUGAUUUUGCAUGAACACUGUGAAAUAUGUGGACUUCUUCACAGAUGGUAGAGAGGUAAAUACUAAUUAAUAGACAAGGGAGUAUGUGACUUACAUGUUCUUUCAUAAUAUAAUGCCUGUCUUCUCCCUCACACACAGGUUUUGGGAAGAGAAUGUCUUGCCAUUUUUCUUUGACCAGUAACACUGUGUUCUGUGCCCUUAAUUUUGUGUAAGUGACUGGAAACUGAAUGGUUGAUGUCUUGGGGGAGUGGCAAAAGAAAAAAUCAGAUGCUUCUCAGAGUGUAUUGAGAAGCUAAGCCUCCUCUUAGAGGUAGAGUAUAUUCUUCUGUAACUGGUAAAGAUUAGGCUAAGAUGAUGAAACGCUUUUAUUUUCUCUCUGGUAAGCAAUUUUUUUUACCAAGUCUAGAACAACUGCUUUGGAUAAAUUGUGUUUGAAGCAUUGUCCAUGCUUCUGAAAAAGUCUUCCUCAUCCUUGACUUGAGAUCCUUGAGUUCACAAAGUGCCCAGAUUUUUUUUGUUCCUAGCUAGUUGUUCUGACUCCCUAAAUGUAUGUUCCAUUAAUGCUUUUCCAUAAACUCAUUGCACCAUCAUCUCAUGAUCUGAUGUUGUGUAUCCCAGUAUCCAGAAAGGAUACUCCUGAAUUUUUCCAAUGGGAUUCAAAUCAUAGUUUACAAUGUGUAUGGCUGUGCUACCAACCUGGAAAGAUGAUCAGAUUUAGGAUAUGAAUUAUUACUUUGCUCACAAUUUUGGAUGAAGGCAGUAGUAGCCUGAGUCCUUUGCAUUGCUACUAAAAUUGGUUUCAGAUCUCACAUUUAUAAAAAUUGCUCUCUCUUUAUUCCUUUGAUGCAAUCCUUAGCAAAAGUCCUGGAGAAUCAACUUUGGUGGCCCGCUUGGAACCUAGUUUUGUUAUGUGUUGAUCUUGGUGAUGAAACCAAACUAAAAAAACCCAUCUGUCAUGAGUUGUUCAUUUUCAUCCAUCAGCUGUGUCAACGUAGGGGUUUGUGGCCAUGUUACAAAACAGCUCAUGAGUCCACCCUUUUUAGGGAUUACUUUUCACUGUUCUUAUUGCAGUGAUGCCAUUUACAGUAGUUACCUCCAAACAGCUGUAUCAGCACGGACUGUGCUGCUGGUGUGAGACUUGGAAUUCUCCACAUUGACAUUAUUGGCAAAGGUGGUGACGUGUGAAAUUACAACCUUGACAUUAGACAUGGGUAUGAUCAAAUGAUGACUUUUUGGAGGAAGUUCUGAUCCUGGUUUGAACAAAUUGAUUUUCUACAAGUACUUUAACUGAUUUCCGUGGUCUUAGUGCAGUCUUAGAAGCUGCACAUACGAACACCUGGGCUCACUUGCUUUCUCUGCCUCUCAUCACAUCUGUAUAUGACAGCCAUCAGGUCAUUUAUUUUGAUUUAUUUAAUAUUCUCCCUGCAGAAAAAUAUGGCUGACAGUGUACAGCACACAAAGGAUGACUUCCCUUGACUUGAUAACCAGGUUCCAUCUACGUGUGUUAUGCACUCUGUCAUAAUCCAGAUUUUCUCAUAAUUAUGUCAUUUGCAAGGACUGGGCCAUACAUGCUGUAUGUUCCUUCAAGAACCUGAGAGGUUUCUUGGCAAUCAUAAUUUGUUGCUGCAUUUAAAAUAAUGUAUAUGAUGAACACACUGAAGUGUGCAUUAGCUCUAAAGAGUUGUGUUAAUAUAUUGAGCGUGUCGAGGUCUGAGUGCUGUUCUGUGUUCUUUGGCUUGUUACCGGAGAUACAGAUUUUUGUGAAAACAGAACAUUUGCUUCUUAGGGCUUUGUAACUUUUUGAAACAUGCUAAUCAGGAAAUCCAUACUAAAUAAUGGGUUAUGCUGAGGGGUAUCAGCAGCCAAAAUUCUUUACGAAGAGCAGAGCUAACAAUAAAUGCAUUUUCCCUAUUCCAUUUCUAGUUAGCAAUUCUGUGAAGUUGUAAGUAGAAGCAAGUAAUUAUAUAGGGUUAAGUAAUUUCUUCUCCUUCUAUCCUACUGGAAGACACACCAAAGAUAAUAUUUACUUCUUAAAUUGGAUUGCAAUCUGACACUACAUCUUUUAUAUCACUUCACUUUACAGCUAAAGAUCUAGAUAAAGGCUUAAAUGGAGGCAAAGAUGUGUAAUAAGAAGAUAAUUUGUCCCUUUUGUUAAGUUUAUGUCUUCACGACAGAAGUUGUAAAACAGUUGUAUCAUGGAAGCAAAUGUAGAGAGUGACAGAUAAUCAAGCAUCUUUCAAAUGAAGUUAAAUGUGUCUGUGUCAACUACAGGCAAGAUUCGCAAACGUGAAUCUUCUGGUUUCGGUUGUGGCAGUGAGACAGUUUUACUCUCAACAGAGAAUUGCUGGACAUCACUGAAUCUUGCACCUCAUUUUCUAAGUGCAAGAUGGAACCUGGUAGAGUAGCCAGUUUUACUGAGUUUCAGACUUUGUCCUGACCACACCUGUCUGUGUGUGACUGACACAGUAUUGGAAAUUUUAUAUGUACUGGAAGUGCAAAAUUUGCAACUGUCUCAUUAGUUUAUUUUGUAAUAAAAAAAACAGUUAAAUGGUGGACCGUGUGGAGUUGUUUGCCCACACUGAAUUUUGUAAUCUUGUAGUCUAUCCCUUUUUUCUUUCUUUCCUCUUUUUUUUUUUGACAGAAAUGAGGUCAAGUAUACUAAACUGCCCUUGUUCUUUAAAGUAUUUAAUGAAGGGCUGCUGUUUCUCUGCAAGUGACUUGUUCCCAAGGCUAAUUACUCUUUAGAAUUAACAGGGUUUCACACUAUCUCAUCUAAAAAAGCAGGUAUAGUGUGAGAAUAGCACUUGGUCAGUGUAAAGGGCCAGGCUGCUCUGGGAUCUUGUCUGUGACAGGGACUAAGAGUAUGAGUAGAGAAGAGUAUGAAAAAAGAGAGAUUUUUAGUGAUACUUACUCAGGAUAUUCCUCAACAAUUUGUGGCUCAGGGACUUCUUGAGCCAGUGGUGGUGGUGGCUGGUCACCUUAACAGGUUCCAGUGGAAUCCCUUUCCAUAAAUUUGUUCAACUUCAUGUUUGGUCAAUUAUUCCUAGUCCCAGUGCCAGUAUGCAGUCAUCUUUAUUACAGGCUUUACAAAUGAGAUUUGUCAAUAAAGUUUUUUGAUUUUUCUUUUCCUCAGCUGAGCAAGCCCACUUCCCUCAGUCCUUCCACAGAGGUCAUGUUUUUCACCUUUUGUGUGCUUUCCUUAGAAAUCUGUCCAGUUUUUGAAGUAUAAUGACCAAAGUGUGGUGCAGUAUUCAGACAUAACCUCAACAGUGCUGAGUAUGGAGUAAUAAUCACCUCCCAUAAAACUGUGAACCAUUCAAAUAUAUUUGAGUCCAUAUAAAAAAGAAAAA